AUGGAAUCGGUGUAACAGCAUGAUUUUAUCAUGGCUCACCCAUUCUGUAGAACCCGAUUUAGCUAAGGGAGUCAUUCAUGCCAAAACUGCGCAACAGGUUUGGGAAGAUUUUAAAGAUCAGUUUUCACAGAAGAAUGCUCCAGCAAUAUAUCGGAUUCAAAAGUCCUUGGCCUCUUUAUCCCAAGGAACCAUGGCUGCCUCAACCUACUUUACAAAAAUCAAAGGUCUUUGGGAUGAAUUAGAAACAUACCGUACUCUUCCUACUUGCAACCAGAUGAAAGCACAUGAUGAACAAAGGGAAGAAGAUCGCUUGAUGCAAUUUCUCAUGGGUCUUAAUGAUACCUACAGCACUGUUCGCACCAACAUUCUCAUGAUGUCGCCGUUACCCAAUGUGCGGCAGGCCUACUCUCUAGUCAUUCAAGAUGAGACACAGCGCCAAAUGUCUUCCGAAACAACGGAGAAUUUCUCCAUUGCUGCUGCAGCCAACAGUCAUUCAAACAACUUCUCCAACAAGCAUUUCAAAAACAAGCAUUGUGAACACUGUAAUAGAGAUGGCCACACAAUUAUCGAAUGUCGAACUCUAAAAUUUCAUUGUGAUUUCUGCAAUAGGGAUGGACACACAGAGGAUCAAUGCAGGAUUAAAAACAGAACAUGGGGUUCGAAAAACAUGGGAAAUCAGAGCAAUAGACAAAAUCAAUCACAGCAGCGACAAGUUGGGUCUCGAAGCGCUGCAUCCAGAUCUUCCCCUGCUGCAAACGCAGCGGAAUCUUCACAAACUGCAUGUGAGUUAUCUGCAGAACAACUUCAGCAACUUGCCCGCGCAUUGAAUAUGAUGUCUUCAAACAAUACCUCUGGUAAUAGCGAUGUUUAUGCAAAUGCUGCAGGACUUGGCUACGGGGAAGAUGAUUGGCUCGGGUGAACAAUGUGGUGGUCUUUAUUACAUGU